CCCCUCGAGCGAUCACAUCGCAACUGCAGAUCACAGGCUACACACACAAGGCCAAGCAAGAGCCCCCAACAAGACAUUUGUCGAUCGAUCGAUCCGAGUCGACGAUGGCCGGGAGAAGGGUGUGCAUCAACAAGGCCGUGGUCGUGGCCAUGGCGGUCGUCGCGCUGCUAGCUCUGCUCUUCGCGGCGGGCGAGGCCGGCGAGAUCUGCAGGGUCGACCCGGGCACGGUGCGGAACCAGUGCGCGUCCUGCUGGAGAGGGACGCCGAGCCGGGGGUGCUGCGACGCGCUGAGAAACGCCGACUUCGGCUGCCUCUGCACCAACUACUGGGACAAGCUCAAGGGCACGUCCUACGCCAAAUGCGCCGAGGCCAUCCCUUCACAGUGCAACCUCCCAAACGCUAGGUGCCACUAAAUGGAGAUGGAGGCCACACGCGCGCGCACUGCGCAGCUUCGAAUUCGAAUCGACCAAAAUAGAAUAAAUUAUUGUCUGGUUCAGUCCCGUAGCCAAUAAGCCAACCAACUGAUUGUCUUUUGCCGGGUUCAUUACAUACUGUGUUUCCUCUUCCUCUCUGUUAGUUCUUUGCUUUGAGUCGUUGUCGUCGAUAUGAUUAUCGGCUGGCCUGGCCGGUGGAUGCUCUAGUGUAUAUGUAUUUGCAACUCAUGAUUUAAUUUCAGGCUUUCAUCAGCCUAUGCAUGCAUUGUGUUCA